AUGGCGUCCGAAGCACUUCCGGGUAACAUUGUCGUAAUAACGUCACGACGUAGGAUGCGUAAAUAUGACGUCGGACGCAAAGAGAUAACGAAUGCGAAAGUAGAAACCGGAAGUCACCAGGAAGGCGCCAAAAUUUGGAUUUAUAAACAGAACUAG